AUAGAUUAGAACAGCUGUUUGGAACACUAUGAAUUAUGCCAUAUUGUACCAUCCACUCUUCAGAGGAGGGUUAACACUUGAACAUAUCAUACAAAUUUAUCGGCACAGGGGACAAUAGUAAUUAUAUGAAUGUUACCGCUACCGCUAAAAACAGUUGAGAAUGUUGUGUCGCAGAAGUGUUUGUUGCCGAGGGAUGUACUCGAGAGAAUUGGGAGACCCGGCGAUUGGGCCAAGUGUUGGUUCCAUUUGCAAGGAAAUGACGAAUUGAAUUUUACCCUUUGCCAAUUAUUUCCUCGAAAUGGAGAUACCGGAUCUGUCUGUUUUUUAGACAUAACAGUUUGCAAAUUUAUGCCUAGGAAUGAUGAUUGUCAACUCGUUCUUCAUAAUAUAGAAAUAUUGGAUCGGAAAGAAGUAAUACAAUUGGAGGAAGUCGAAGUUACAUUUUCACUUAGUCCCAACAACAUUGAGAAAUUUACAUCAUUUCCAUGCAACAAUUUAAAGGAUAUGGCCCAGAUUUUGUUGCAACAAUAUCACUUGUGUACAUCAUGCAUUGUCCUAAGCCCAGAGUUCAAGAAAAUCGGAGUGGACUAUAUCUCUAUAGACAUAAGCAAUCAAAGCAAUUCCGGCAGAUUUGUUGUCACCGAUGAUACCAAAAUUAAAAUUGGCAACAUUUCUAUAGCCAACUGCUACGACGGAUCCAACUUUGUAUGCUCCGAUGUACCCGUGUUUAACAAAGCCCGAAGACAACUUGACGACUUGCUCGAAUCGGCAAAAAUACAGUCGAAAAGUUCACAAAGAAUGAAUUUAAAUUCAUUAAUUGUUGGAACGUUUGGGUGCGGCAAGACGUCACUGGUUGAAGACUACCUAUAUCAAUGUAAAUGCAAUGUUUUCAGAUUGAAAUCUUCGAAUUUAAUUAAACAGUAUCCAGGAGAGUCUGAAACAGAAUUACGAAAUUUUUUUAGGAGCGUUAAAUAUUUUAACGACAACUUCUCUUCCAAAGGUAUAAAUGUAAUUCUUAUUGAAGAUGUACACUUGUUAUGCCCACAAGCCAAAAAUAAAGCGAAUUACUCUGAAACUACAACCAAUUCAAUGCGCCUUUUAACACAGUUUCUAUCACUGUUGGACGAGCUGAGCCAAUCGAAAAGGUGCAUUUUAUGUCUGGCCACAACACAUAAUUCAGACGCCUUAGAUGAAGGUUUUAAGAGGCCUGGAAGGUUCGACAAAGAAAUUGUUAUCUCUGCAUUGACUAUAGAGGAUCGCAGGCAAAUUAUCGAGAAACUACUUCAAAAAAGUCUUCCGAAUAAUAGGUUUCCUACAACACUUUUGGAUUGGAUAUCAAAACAAACACAGGGUUACGUUCUUGCUGACCUGGCCUUGCUUGUACGAAAUAUUACACAUCUUAUGAUGACCAAAUCAAAUGAAUCCCAAGAAUGGAUUGUUCAAGAGUGUUUAAAAAAAGCCAAACCCGUGUCAGUGCGAGAAACUGAUGUCAGCGUUUGUAAAACCAAUGAAAGAUUUUCCAACAUUGGCGGGAUGCAUCAUCUGAAAAAAACCUUAGAAGUUACUGUUUUAGCUGGACUAAAACAAGAAAUGUCUUUUCGUCGCUUCGGAUUAACACUGCCAAAAGGUAUACUUCUAUAUGGACCACCUGGAUGUGCCAAAACAACCAUAGCAAAAUGUUUAGCCACUGAAGCCAAUAUGACAUUUAUAGCCACUUCAGGAGCUGAAGUAUACUCACCCUAUGUGGGCUGUGCUGAAAAAUUUAUAGCAAAAAUGUUUGAUACCGCCCGAAAAAAUUCCCCAUGUUUGAUAUUUUUAGAUGAGAUUGAUUCUCUGAUAGGCCGCCGAGCUGCCAAUGGCUCUUCUUCGGGAGAUGUUCAAAUUCGUCUUCUGUCCACAAUUCUAACAGAAAUGGAUGGAAUUUUAGGAUCGGACUCUCGAGAUGGAUUAAAUUCUAAUAACCACAUAUUGGUCGUAGCUGCAACAAAUCGUCCAGAUAUGGUUGAUGAUGCUCUUAUUCGGCCGGGUCGCUUUGACAAAUUAAUCCAUGUACCAGCACCAGAUUACCAAUCCAGACGUUCAAUUUUAACAUUGUACGGCGGGAAAAUGCCAUUCGCAACAGAUGUUGAUAUUGAUGAGAUUGCCGAACUAACGAAUAAUUAUUCGGGUGCUGAUAUUUGUAAUCUUUGUAACGAAGCAGCGAUUAAUGCAUUUCAAAGGGAUUUUAAUGCGAAUGAAAUAACUCAUAAAGAUUUUGUUCACAUAUUGAAGACAUCGUCAAAAUCCUCAUUGUCUCAAAAUCAAAUUGAUUGGUAUUAUGAAUUUGAAAGGAGAUUCCACAGAUGAAAGUUUCAGAUUUGUUUUCAAUUGUAAAGAUUAGAUAGAAUAAAACAUAAUUGCCGCUAAAUAUGAAUUAUUAGCUAAUUAUUUAUAACUUUUAUUUUUGCCAGUUGGUUUGUGAAAGCUGUUGUUUAGAGCCGAAGGUUAUACAUUUAUAAUUUUCUUAUUAAAAUGUUAAGUUUCUCCUAUAAUUUUUUCGUUAAUCCCACCAUUGAUUAUAUAAAAAAAUUGCAUUUAGCCUGAUUUCUAACAUAUGUGGUGUGUACUGCUUGAUAAGGUAUAUGGUAUAUGCGCAUAUGUUUUCUUUAUUAAGACAUAUCCUCCAAAUGUUAUGCUGCAUUGUAAUAAAUAGCGGUUCAUUUGCUUAUUCGUUUAAAUAUAUUAUUAUUUUAACUCAAUAUGAAGUUGUUCUUGUAUGGUAUUUGGCAAAAAAAAUUAUAGAGAAUAAUAUAAUUUUUAUUAAUAAACUAAACAGUCUAAGCAGU